UGCUAGCUAGCUACCGAGCCGCUGCUGCCUGUCACUGUUACCUGUGCUGGUGUGGGCUGAAUAUCUCACUAAAACAAACCCAGGUCAAAAAUAAUACAUUUAAACCACAACGGUAAGCCCACUGAAGCCACUACAUGCAGUAACUAACGCCUGCUAGACUAACAGUUUCAACACGAACGUUGACGUUAAAUAAAGUCAGCUAGUUUUGUCUUGAGUUUUCAACGCGUGGUGAAAGCAAUGAAAACAACAUAAUCAGCUAUCUUUCUGUUCUAUGUAGCUUUCACUAGCGUAGGUAUUGUUAGUUUGGCUGACCUUUACCGUGGGUGCUAGCUUACAGGUCACAGUGAAUUUGCAUUUGGCUCAAGUUGGAUUUAUUUUAACGUUACAGCCACUUAAAUCAGUAAGAAGUUAACUUAACCCAUCAUCAGGAUCCAUCCUUUUAUGUCCACCCUGGCGUUUCCUUGUUUCGAUGGCAUUUACCUCCCAAAGCAAGAAAAUGAAUUCGUGCACCAUGUCAUGGAUGAGCUGGAAACAUACCAACAGAAAAGCAACCAGAAGAGCGUGCUCCUGUUCCCCUGUCUACCCAGCAGACUGCGAUACUUGAUACACAGGACCAUAGAAGACCUACCAGAGCUCACCACCUUCUCAGUAGGAGAAAGCUGGUGUCGCAGGGUUGUGGUCUGCCAUUCUGAGCUCAGGGGUGAGAUCGAGGAAGACAGUGACUUGGAGAGCAACAACAGCUUGUGUGAAGAGCCUCUAAGAAGUAAGGAGGAGAUGGACGGAUUUGCUAAGCCUAAAACUUCAAUCCCAUCACGAAGCCGAGGACCUAAGAGGCCAGACAAACCUCUUUACAUGCCACGAGCUGCUCGGGAGAGACUGUCCUCACAAAACUCACAAGGACCCACAGCAUACAAAGAGAAACCAAGUCCAGCCUCUAGUAGCUGUAGCCACAUCAGCAGUUCAUCUGACUCUUGUUCCUGUUAUGAAACUUCAGAAAACACUAAGCCCUCAUCCACAUCCAGACAGGAAUCACCCCCCAGUGUAACAGACGGUAUCCUCAACCAUAUUUCGGACAGUUCAGCACGUUGUCCUCAGGAAGAGAGACAAAAGUUGGUGCUGAGGCUGCAUGAAACUGAGCCCCUUGUUUGGGACCAGACUGUAUCCUGCUUCACUGAAAUGACUCUGGAGGAGGAUGUGAAAGACAAAGAAGACUUUGCUAGUGUGCCAUACAGCUCCCAGAUAGAAGAUACAAGCACAGACACAGAUGAUGUAACUGAAGAGAUCAAGGCACAUCUGAAAGAGGCAGUGUCUUUUUCCAUUGAGCACGUCCACAAUGACUACUCCAUUUAUGAGAAUGUGUGCAUCAGCGCGGAUGAGUUCCGUCACGUGAUCGAGAUCUAUGACUUCCCGCCUAUCUUCAAAACAGAUGACCUCCUGGAUGCUUUCACGGAAUACAGUGAUGGUGGAAUGAAGAUCAAGUGGGUGGACAACACACAUGCCCUGGGAGUUUUUUCCAAUGAGUCAGCAGCACUUCAUGCCCUCUCCAUCUGCCACCCACUGCUUAAGGCACGAGCACUGUCUGAAGGGAGUAAAAAAGCCAAAGGCAAGGCCAUUAGACGAGCAGAGUUUAUCCAGCCAGUGAAGGAACGUCCCAGGACAGACUGUGCUGUUGCCAGGCGGAUGGUGACCAGAGCCCUUGGACUGCCGGGACGAGGCAGAGUGCAACGUUACUGAGGAGAAGUGCUUCAGUGUUGGUAUAUACAGAAAGGUCCAGCAGAGGUCUGCCUCUGAACAGGCUUUACAGUGGCCAUAAACCUCUAACUGAUCAUCAAGAGUAUACCUACCGUCCACCACUGUUUGCCUGCUUUACUGCCCACAACAUAACAUCCACCCUGCUCAAGUGUCGUCCAACAUGACACCGUAUCACCACCAAGUGUUGUUCUGUAUCUUAACCUGACCCCUGACCUUUGGACAUUACUGUUGUGGUUCCUGUUGUUCACCGUUAGGGUCACUAAUAAUAAGACACUGAUAUAUCCGUGUUAAAAAAACAAUGAGGUAUGAAACAGUCUGAUUCAAGCCGUUAUUUCGGAUAGCUGAAAGGGCACUGGGGAAAACUGGAGAAGCUCUUAUACUUGUUUUGAUUUGAUUGCAUGUUGCCUUGAAACUAAAGUGCGUUUCAACGUUGUUCAAUUUCCAGACAGGGUGUUUUUGUUUCCUACUUGACCAGGCGAUCCAGGAUUGGUUGCAUAAAGUAGCAUUUUUUUUUCUAAAAUAAUUUCAAAUUCCUUCACAGAUUAAUUCUCAGGAUUUGGUUAAAGAAAUCUAUUUCAUUGUGCGCUGUAGUUACAGAUUUUUAUAUGGAGUGCAAAGCUCCUAACAGACAAAUGUAAUGUAGAUCCAUGAACAGAAGCAGAUCUGUUAAAAAACACUAUUCUUUUUAAAAGCCAGCAUUUAAGGGAAACACAGUUAAAAUAAAAUAAAAAAUGCAUGUAACAACAGUGUUAAACUGGACUUGAUAGAUAUUUUCUAAUAUUUUAGUUCAUUGUAAAAUUUUGUUUUUUUUUUUGUAAAGAAGUUGCAAAAUGUUCAGUUGUUCUUAAUAUUUAUUUUAAAUAGCAAAAACUACCAUAGGAUUGUUGCCUCGGAGGCAAGUUGUUUCUCACUCCAUAUUACAGAAAACAUAGAUGUUUUUGAUCUACUAAAGUUUGAGAAUUGGAAACUUGAAUGUUUAGCCUCUGUACAUGUUACUGUUAUGAUACUUUGUGUCAUAUUGUCACAUCAAGCUUCUGUAAAGGGGGUACAACAUGCCAUUAAGAGAGAAUUGUAUACGUUUGUAUUCAGUAAAAGAAGAUGAGUGUUUUAUUUUUUGUCAAACUGAAAUGGGCUGUUUCCCUGAAAUUAUCUUUUGUGCCUGAUUUAGUUUGACAGGACUUAUCCUAUGGAAUGUCUAUGCAUUGCCAUGUGGGUUACCUGUAUAGUUUAACUAAACUACAGUAUUGUCUAAUUUCAGGGAAGAAUUGACUUGAUUGUAGCAUUAAGUGCAGCACAAUCCCAUGGAAAUAUGAAAACUAUACGUGGUUUUUGACAUGAUACAUUGUAUAAAAGAAGUUAAAGUGUU